AAAUGUACAAACCAGCCCCUCCUAGACCAAAAAAGACAGACAUUGUACGCUCGCGUAAUGGCUGUAAAAGCUGUCGCAGCCGGAGAACAAAAUGUGAUGAGCAGAAGCCAACAUGCCGGACUUGCCUGAGACUAGGCAAGGUCUGUGAUUAUGGCCAGCCAAUCUUUAAGUUCCAAGUGAUGACAGUGAAUGAUUCGAAAUAUAAUGCGCCAGAAGAGUCGAGAAAGCGGGCAGAGGAAAGAUUGACUAUCCAAGUCCCCAGUAUACGAAACGAUAUGCUCAGAUCAUUGCAGACGACGGACCGAAAUGUCUUCUACUCGACGUAUUGGGAGGAUCGCUGUUUACCGGCCUUACAUCCAAUAUUUCACUCUGCUACUUUAUUAAGGACUGACCACCCCAUCCUCAACGAUGCCAUCCUUGCCCUGUCCUCUUGCAACAUCGGGCGUCUCCAUGCCGAACGCAAGACAUCAUCAACCGAGCUGAUGAGCCCAAGUCUCCUCCAUCAAACAAGAAGUCACUUUUACUACUCAUCAGCAAUCAAGAAACUCACCGCAAUGAAUUCAUUCGACUACUACCAUGACCCUACAGUCAUCCUUACCGUGCUCGUGCUAUUCGCCCAUCUCGAAUCCGCCAUGGGCAAUUUCCAAGGCUUUUAUUGCCAUGUACGAGGGAUGAUGAAUCUUCUGGAGGAAAGAGAAGGGGUUGGCGACGUGACUAUCAAGUCCCUUCUCACGUCGUGGAUGCAGAUUCGCUAUGUUGUAUGGUGGGCUCGUGUGUAUUUCAGCUCGCUGGAUAUAAGCCAGCAGAUCCCCUCUAUCACAUUGCCUAUUUUGUUGAGGGGGGCUCCUUGUACACUGCAUGAACGACGUGUUCAAGUCCUUAGCAUCAUGUGUGAGUCACAUCGGUUGAAUUUUAAGGUCGUGCUGCAACAUUUUAGGAAUUGGGGACUCGAAGGAAAAAGUGAGCUCGACGAGAGUUAUGCUGAUUGCAUAACCCGUCUGAGUCAAGAGGCUGCGUCAUUAGAUGAGUGGCUGUUACAUCUUCCACCAUCUGAACAGCCAAUCUACGGAGAUAAUGGCACAAUCCACUUCCACUCUCACGAUGCAGCGCUCAACUACGCAUACUAUACAGUAGCGCGCAUAAUGCAAUGCACCGGUCUCCUCCGCCUCCUUUGCAAUCAAGAUACUCAACUCCACGAACAAGAACACCAAGAAGAAUUCUGGGCCCUCCAACUCCUCAAAACAGCCCAAGGCAUCAACAUGCAAACCUCCCUCACCAGAAACAGCUACACAAUCGGCUUCUCGGGCCUCCUCCUCGCAGCCAUUCUUCGAUGUCAGAAUCUCUCUAUCGGACUCGAGAUUCAGAACUGGUUACAGACGUUAAAAGACCUACAGCCAACAGAGGAAGGCGCUUUUCCGGUGUAUCAGACAUUGAGCGUGGUCAAGGUCAUCAAUCAGCAGAGGAUGGUUGGGAGGGAUGUGUUUGCUGUUACGCAGCCGGUGGAUGAUGGUGGUGGGACGCCGAAGGUCACGGCGUAUAAUAGUCAGUUUAUUCGGAGUUUGGUGUUUUAUGGGAGAUGUAACCGGCUUGGGUGUCUGUUUGAGGAGUGUAUUGCUUUGGAUGGGUAGUUUAUAUACUCGGUUCGAAUUCCUGGGGGAUUGGGGGAGGUGAUGUGUGGUUUACCUUAUAUCAGAAAAGCAUACUGAGAAGUAUGAGCAUCUAUUUAGAUAUGAUACCCUUUGGACUUAUUAUGAUUUGUCAAUAUUUAUGCUAGUCUUCUAUCAAUAUUGGAUGGUAGUAGUAGUCUAUUUUGAUAAAUAUGUCUUGUUCACCAUACCCCACUAUUCACACUCAUCGCGAUAGAUAAUCCCAUGUAGCACAUCUCUCUCC